GUACAAGGUGCUCCAGGAGUAGGGUUUAAUCUCACUUCAAGUGGUCAUUAUGAUAUUAUAAAUAAAAAACUAAGAAAUGUUGGUGCACCUAUUGCUAAUACUGAUGCUGCUACAAAAAAGUAUGUUGAUGAUAAUUCCAGUGGAUCACCCAAAACAUCAAAUUUAACAGUUGAUUCAGACAUUGAUAUGAAAGAUACAUACCGAAUUAAAAAUCUUAGCACACCAUUGGAUUCUAAAGAUCCAGCAACAAAAUAUUACGUAGACAACACAUUUCUUGAUACAGAUGGAUCUUACCCAAUGAAAGGAAAUCUUAAUAUGGAUGACAAUAAAAUAUUAAAUCUUCCAAAUCCAUCUGAUCCCAAAGAACCAACAACAUUAGCUUUCACAGAAAUAAAAUAUUUACAUGUUACUGGAACAAAUAGUAUGAAUGGUAAUUUAAACAUGAAUAACAAUAAAAUAAAACACUUAGCUUUACCAACAAGCUUAAAUGAUGCUGCAAACAAAAAAUAUGUAGAUGAUACACUUUUAUUAAAUCAUGUGGCUAUGAGUAAUUAUUUGAAAAAAGAUGGUAGUGUUGCAAUGACUGGUAACCUAAAUCUUGGUGGUAAUAAAAUAGUUGGUCUUGCAACUCCAACAUCAAAUACAGAUGCUGCAACAAAGAAAUAUGUGGAUGAUAAUAGUGGAAGUCCAGAUUUAAGUGAUUACUUGGAAAAAGAUGGUACUGUUGCAAUGACUGGUAAUCUUAAUGUUGGUAAUAAUAAAAUAGAUAACCUCAGUGACCCCACCACAGAUCAACAAGCUGCUAAUCGCGGAUGGGUUCGUAAACAAAUAGACCGCCUUGAUCAUCAUUCUGGAGAUGGAAUAAGUGGUGUAUUUACUAUAACAGAUCCAGCUGCUCCCACGACUUUGUAUCUACACUAUAUCUCAGGUUCAUCAUUUGAUGCUUUUGUUUUUACAACAUCAGCACCUGGUCAACCUCUUGUAGGGUGGACACCAACUGCUAACACAUACAUUAACAAAAUAGAAUUUCAAUUUGGUUCGCGAAAUAUAAACGUUGACUUUUUGUGGUUUAUUCCCAGAGAUAACUCUCAUUCCAAUUCUAAUUUUUGGGUAAGUGGAAAUCGAACUGGCACUUGGUCAUUAAAUAUUCACAAGUCUUGGAAUUAUAAUAUGUCAGGAGUAAAACUAAGAACCCAUAACAAUUCAAAUCACACAGCUAUCACUUGUCGGUUAUUCACUGAUCUGCCAAAAGCAAUAACCAAACCACUUAAGAGAAUAGAAAUCAACACACCUAAAAUUGUAAUAAGUGGGGUUGUAAAAGCUGAUGUCAACCUUGGUGGUAAUAAAAUAGAGAAUCUGGGUGUACCAACCCAAGACAAUGAAGCAGUAACAAAAGGUUAUGUCGACAAUCUAGUU